AUGGCCGACGACAACGUCAAACUAGCCCUCUGCGGUGCCGUCGGCAGCUUCCUCGAGAGCGCCGACCUCUCCGACUUCAUCAUCAAGUGCAACGGAACCACCUUCAACGUCCACCGCUUCCUCCUCUGCCUCCACUCCGACGUCCUCGCGAAGUGGUGCACUGGAGACUUCAAGGAGUCCAAGAAGGGCGAGGUGGACUUGACGAUCCACGAGAAGCAGCACAUCGAGGCCCUCGUGAAGUACCUUUACACGUUCGAUUACAGCGCCGAGGCCAUCGAGAGCCAUGCCGACAAGAUGAGCUUUCAUGUGACGAUGUGCGUGAUUGCGGAUAAGUACAACAUCGCCGGGCUCAAGACUCUCUCCAUCAGCAAGUUCAAGGCCAUCGUCAACACCACCGAGACCGCCAGCGAGCUUGUCGAGCCAUGUCUUCUUGCAUACGGCUCCGCAAUAGCCACCAGCGUCAUACGCAAGCUCAUCGUUGCAAUUGUGGUCAUCAGGCGCAACACCCUCCUCCCCACGACCGCCACCGAAGACAGCCAGCAACUCGAAGAAGCCAUGCGGACGUAUCCAGACUUCGCCAUCGACGUUGCGAAAUACGUGGUGGUCUCGGCAGAGCUGCCACCGCAGUGUUCCCAGCUGAACUUCAAAUGCGACAACGCGUUUUGCGGGCAUAGGUUCAAAACACACCUCGGAUGGUCUCGCCACAUCUCCUAUACUUGCCCAAAGUGCUCGACCAGCCGUACCGGAGAGGGUUGGCACCUCACCUGCCGUACCACAGUUUAG